CCAAGACACAUUCCGCAGCCAGACACACCUGUCACGUGACGGGGAGGUCAAUGAUCCUGACAAGAAAAUGGCGGAAUUUGUGGAGCUACGGUCAAGCUCGUCCUCACUCCUCUUCAUCCAUCGUUUUGUCAGCCUUGCCAAUGCCAUGCUCUUCCCAUGUUUGAUCUGAUCGAAUGGUUCUGGCAUUAUUCUCGUUCAACAUUUUUUUAGAUGCUUAACGGGUCACAUAUAAUAAGGAUUUGUAAGAAACAAGGAAAUACACACGUAAGAGCGAUCCAGCAUGGACCGUAUAAUGAAUGAGCAUGGUAUCAAGUUUCAGAGUGUCAGAGCUACAAGUGUUACUGGGCUUCGCUGGGCGAAACAAGAGUGGUCCCAAGCAUGAGCUCCUUCUGAGGGUCUUGCACCUCCUGAAGAACGCCUCCUGCAGUCCAGCCGUCCAGAUCAAAAUCAAGGAACUUUAUCGCCGCCGCUAUCCCAGGACGAUAGACGCUUGUCUUACCGACUUGGCUGCAGUUAAGCCCGCGUUCUCCGCGGCAGCGGAAGGCGGUGGCGUUACCGCGGUAACCUCUGACCUCAGUGACCUGUCCCCUGACGGCGCCGGUGUCUCCCGGGACUUUGACCUGGCGUCCGAUUCGCUGCUCCUCUCUGGUGAUUCGCUGGUGCUCCACGAGGAGACCAAUAAGGAGCUGAGGAUGAACCUCCAGCAGCCCGCCCCUCUCAUCCCUCCGGUCCAUCCAGACGUCCAGAUGAAGUCUCUGCCAUUCUACGACGUGUUGGACAUCCUGGUUAAACCCUCCAGCCUGGGUCAGUGUCUCUCUGGAGCCAGUACUGUUCAGAGAUACCACCAAGAGAAAUACUUCAUCUUCGCCUUGACGCCUCAACAAGUCAGGGAGGUGUGCAUUUCAAGGGACUUCCUACCAGGUGGCAGAAGAGACUACAUGGUUCAGAUACAACUGAGGUUUUGUCUGUCAGAAACAAGUUGUCCCCAAGAAGACAACUACCCCAACAGUCUCUGCAUUAAAGUUAAUGGGAAGCUCUUCCCCCUGCCGGGUUAUGCCCCGCCCCCUAAAAAUGGAGUGGAACAGAAGAGACCGGGAAGACCUCUAAAUAUCACCUCAUUGGUCAGAUUGUCCUCUGCCGUACCCAAUCAGAUCUCUGUAACGUGGGCAGCCGAAAUCGGAAAGACGUACUCCAUGUCGGUGUACCUGGUGAGGCAGCUCACCUCACCUCUACUGCUGCAGAGGCUCAGGAUGAAGGGCAUCAGAAACCCAGACCACUCUAGAGCGCUGAUAAAAGAGAAGCUGACAGCAGACCCUGAUAGUGAGAUUGCCACAACCAGCCUGAGGGUGUCGCUCAUGUGCCCCCUGGGUAAAAUGCGUCUGACAGUGCCGUGUCGAGCUGUCACCUGUUCCCACCUGCAGUGUUUCGACGCGGCCCUCUACCUGCAGAUGAAUGAGAAGAAACCCACCUGGGUCUGUCCUGUCUGUGACAAGAAGGCCCCCUACGAGAGCCUGAUCAUCGACGGGUUGGUACCUCUCUCUAAUAAUACCUGGGUCUGUCCUGUCUGUGACAAGAAGGCCCCCUACGAGAGCCUGAUCAUUGACGGGUUGGUACCUCACUCUAAUAAUACCUGGGUCUGUCCUGUCUGUGACAAGAAGGCCCCCUACGAGAGCCUGAUCAUCGACGGGUUGGUACCUCUCUCUAAUAAUACCUGGGUCUGUCCUGUCUGUGACAAGAAGGCCCCCUACGAGAGCCUGAUCGUCGACGGGUUGGUACCUCUCUCUAAUAAUAAUUAUAAUAAUACCUGGGUCUGUCCUGUCUGUGACAAGAAGGCCCCCUACGAGAGCCUGAUCGUCGACGGGUUGGUACCUCUCUCUAAUAAUAAUUAUAAUAAUACCUGGGUCUGUCCUGUCUGUGACAAGAAGGCCCCCUACGAGAGCCUGAUCAUCGACGGGUUGGUACCUUUCUCUAAUAAUACCUGGGUCUGUCCUGUCUGUGACAAGAAGGCCCCCUACAAGAGCCUGAUCAUCGACGGUUUGGUACCUCUCUCUAAUAAUACCUGGGUCUGUCCUGUCUGUGACAAGAAGGCCCCCUACGAGAGCCUGAUCAUCGACGGGUUAUUCAUGGAGAUUCUGAACGACUGCUCCGACGUGGAUGAGAUCAAGUUCCAGGAGGACGGGACCUGGUGUCCCAUGAGACCACGGAAAGAGGCCCUCAGUGUGUCCUCAACCUGUAUCCCCAAAAUAGAACCGCGUCUAUGUGCCGUGGUCCCCUCCCACAGCGAGCUCAGCUCAACCAAUAAGAAGGCAGACGUGAUCGACCUGACCCUGGAGAGCUCAUCAUCAUCAUCAUCAGAGGAGGAAGAGGAGCCUGAUCCGCCACUGAAGAAGAGAUGCCUCUACAUGUCCAAGACAGAGGAGGUGCACGCUAAGGGAGUGUUGACGUAUCAGCCGUCGACGGUGCGCCUCCCAAAUGUACAGGCCCUGGACACGCCGUACCUGAUGUCUUCACUGGCAGACUAUACAGUCCCCUUCCACCACUCCACCCUGUCCACCAUCCCUACAGACAUGCAGAGUCUGGAUCUGUUCUCGCUGAUCCAAGGUGACUCGCAGCAUUACAGGUCUCCUAUGUUCCUGGAUAACCUGACCAGCAGCCUGCAGGGUGCCACCACCAGCGCCGGCCUGGUGUCCUCUUCUAGCCAAUACGAGACCAGCUCCCACCACACCACCGCCACCUCAUCCUCCCAUGAGACGGGGGUUAUCACUGGGGGAGGAGGAGGAGGGUCCAACAUCAUCUCAGACAUCAUCUCAUUGGACUGAUCUAUUGGUCCCUGAGAGCUCAUUGGACUAAGCCUCUGGUCCCUGAGAGCUCAUUGGACUAAGCCUCUGGUUCCCUGAGAGCUCAUUGGACUAAGCCUCUGGUUCCCUGAGAGCUCAUUGGACUAAGCCUCUGGUCCCUGAGAGCUCAUUGGACUAAGCCUCUGGUCCCUGAGAGCUCAUUGGACUAAAGCCUCUGGUCCCUGAGAGCUCAUUGGACUAAGCCUCUUAUUAGACACAAGCCUCCGAGGACUGAGGUAGUGCACUAUAUAGGGAAUAUUGUGCCAUUUUGGACCCGGACGAUGUCCACAGACCACCAUGGGACAUGGAGAUCCCAGAGCUUGGCUAACUUGUCUCCUUUCCUUUGUCUGUCUGCUAGUAAAGUUAGGACACAUUUGCUUUUUUUUGGUCACCGUGCCCCUGCUUUGUUAGAUCAGUGCUGAUGGAAGGAAAUGAAAAAAACUAGGAGAGGAAGCCAUUUUUUUUUAGAUAGUUGAGACUGUUGGACCCAUAGACUCCGUAGUCUUUUCUCAAUUGGAUUUGCUCAACUCCUACGUCCUCUCUCCCGCCUCCUUUUUGAAAAAGGUCAAAGGUAAUUGGAGGAGAGUGAAUGUGGAUGAAAAUGUGCUUGUAUGAAAUGACGUUUACAGGUUGGAUCCUAAAAUGUGGCGAUAAAAACUAAUGAGAUUUGUGGAAGACAUUUUUUUUGUUUUGUUGCUACAACGAUAGAUUUUAAACGUGUUCAUUCUUUUUCUCUCCCCGACGACAAAACAAAAGCUCAUUAAAAGGGGUGGUGGUGGUGUGGCAGGCUUCAAAAAGUCGUCCGUGAAGGACUCCGGUAGGAUACACAUGACCUUCCUCGAGGUAAAGGUGGCUAUCAAGGAGAGGAGGAAACUCUUCUGUUCACCUACUAACGAAUAGACAUCUCCUUGGCCCACUCAUCGGUUUCCAGGUCACAGAGGAGAGAGGACGGACCCCCCCCCCCCCAAAUAGUCCAAAGCCUAUUUUGAGUUGGCCUCACCCCACACACAUUCUGACCUGUGGAAGAGAAGGGGAUUGUACCAGUCUGUUCUUCACAUUAUGUGGAAGGUGUUUUUAUUGGAUGAAUUGACCCGGAAGCAUUCUGCAGGAAGUGGAACAAUGGGGGGGGGGGCAGGGUUUCCCCUUCAGUCACAGCAAUAAUACUGAGUUUGCCAGAUCUACUGACUCUGUACACGGUUGAAAGUGUAUCUAAAACAUGGAUCCGUUAGAAAUUAGAUAUGGGGAAGGGGGGGGGUCCAUGAAUUGGAGGUACCAUUUUGUUUUUUUGUACAAAUUAUCAAAAAUGAUACAAACUUGAGUGUUUAUAAAAUGCUAUCUUUCUCAGCAUUUUUUGAAAUCUGUUUUGUAUUUAGUUUGACACUUGUGUAUGUACAAUCUAAUUAUUUUGCCGUCUUGGAGGAUCCCCUUUUUGUUCUGUGUAAAAUUGUAUAUGAGUUAAUGUCCCCAAAUGGUUUGCAUCCUACGAGUCCCAACUUUUGAACAUUUAAGUUGGUUGGUUUGAAGGUUAAGCAGGAUAUUUUUUCCACCAUUACAUAGCUACAUGUUCACAGAAUCAAAUGUAAUGUGAAGUUGUCAAUUGAGCCUUUGUUGAACGUAGCAAAAAGCAUUCAGGGCCUGAAAAUGUAUUUUAUUUAAUGUACAAAACUCUAGAUCAAUUAGCUAAGGCAAUUAGCGCUGCAGUUUUUAAAGUGUAGAAUGAUAUGUUGGUCCACAACCUUGUAUGAGUUGUUUAGGGAAAGGGGACCUACCCACUAAGACUUUAGGAUUUACAUUAGAUUAAGUUAGGUUAAUGUUUUAAAAUGGAACCCGAAUUAUUUUCCAAACUUAAAUUUAAGGGAAUAGAUAUUUAAUAUUUUAUUGUAGUUAAAAGAUGCUCCUCUUGUUUUCCUGUGGGUAAAAGAUGCUCCUCUUGUUUCGCUGUGGGUAAAAGAUGCUCCUCUUGUUUCGCUGUGGGUAAAAGAUGCUCCUCUUGUUUUCCUGUGGGUAAAAGAUGCUCCUCUUGUUUCGCUGUGGGUAAAAGAUGCUCCUCUUGUUUUCCUGUGGGUAAAAGAUGCUCCUCUUGUUUUCCUGUGGGUAAAGGAUGCUCCUCUUGUUUCGCUGUGGGUAAAAGAUGCUCCUCUUGUUUUCCUGUGGGUAAAAGAUGCUCCUCUUGUUUCACUAUGGGUAAAGGAUGCUCCUCUUGUUUCGCUGUGGGUAAAGGAUGCUUCUCUUGUUUCGCUGUGGGUAAAGGAUGCUCCUCUUGUUUUCCUAUGGGUAAAGGAUGCUCCUCUUGUUUCACUAUGGGUAAAGGAUGCUCCUCUUGUUUUCCUGUGGGUAAAAAGGAUGCUCCUCUUGUUUUCCUGUGGGUAAAAUAUGCUCCUCUUGUUUCACUGUGGGUAAAAGAUGCUCCUCUUGUUUCACUGUGGGUAAAGGAUGCUCCUCUUGUUUCACUAUGGGUAAAGGAUGCUCCUCUUGUUUCGCUGUGGGUAAAGGAUGCUCCUCUUGUUUCGCUGUGGGUAGAGGAUGCUCCUCUUGUUUCGCUGUGGGUAAAGGAUGCUCCUCUUGUUUCGCUGUGGGUAGAGGAUGCUCCUCUUGUUUCGCUGUGGGUAAAGGAUGCUCCUCUUGUUUCACAAUGGGUAAAGGAUGCUCCUCUUGUUUCGCUGUGGGUAGAGGAUGCUCCUCUUGUUUCGCUAUGGGUAAAGGAUGCUCCUCUUGUUUCACAAUGGGUAAAGGAUGCUCCUCUUGUUUCGCUAUGGGUAAAAUAUGCUUUUGUUUAUGCCAUCGUGAUGCAAACAAACAAACAAACAACAAGAUGCUCAUUUUUUUAUUUGCUUUCAGGAUCUCAGACUUAAAACAAUAAAGGGGCAUCUUUUUUUAUUACCUUUUUUUUAGUUAUAAUACAGUGCAUUGUUGUUAUUAUUAUUGUGGUUUGGUUCUGUUUUAAUUUUUUUACAUUUCCACAUUAGGGUGCUAUGAUCAUUAAAUUGCACUAGGAAGCUCCAGUCCAAUCACAGUUGAUCACAGUUUAUCCAGGAAGUUGUCCAGGGCAGGGAUGCCUUCUUUGAGGCCUUUGCGUUUGCGGGUGUCUGCCACUACUUGCCAUGGUCGACUGGUCUCGUCGAAGGGGUCCCCGGGCAGGAUCUGCCAGUGGUCGAACACACACUGGGGGAAGGCCUGGCCACCUGUGUUGGACCUCAGGUCCGCUGUGAAACCUAACGACAUCGGGGGGGGGAAAUAAAAAAUUAAAAUAUUCAUAAAACAA